CCUCUCUUCCUACUUUUGGUGCGUGAGCUGGUUACGACUGUCUGUGAUGGAGCGCUGGCGGGGCAGAGUGGCUCUGGUGACCGGAGCCUCGGUCGGGAUCGGGGCGGCUGUAGCGGUAGAGCUGGUCUGGCUCGGCAUGAAAGUGGUGGGCUGCGCCAGGGACGUGGGGAAAUUACAGAAACUGUCAGCAGAGUGUCAGAGCGCCGGCCACCCUGGUGUUUUGGUGCCUUUCAAGUGUGACUUGAGCAAAGAGGAGGAGAUUCUGUCCAUGUUUGCCGCAAUCAAGGAGCAGCACAAAGGCGUGGACGUGUGCAUCAACAACGCUGGCUUGGCUCAUCCAGAGGCGCUGCUAAAUGGCAAAGCCAGUGGCUGGAAGAACAUGUGGGAUGUGAACGUUCUUGCACUGUGUAUCUGUGCACGUGAAGCUUAUCAGUCAAUGAAAGAGAGAAAUGUGGACGAUGGGCACAUCAUAAACAUAAACAGGUGCAGUUUUAUUUUACUGAUGGACAGUGAUGGGUAUGCUUGUUAAGUUUAUUGAUUUAAUCAUAAUACAAAUAUCUUAUGAUUCAGUCAUUCUUUUGGCAACUCUGCACAAUGGACUUUUUUCACAGCACACAUUUGAUCUCCCCAUU